CACCCUGCUACACCUAGCUUUCUUGUGGUACAUGUUUUCCCAAGCCUGAACUAAUGCUGUUUGGGACACUUUUCUGUUUGUAUAUGUUGCAGAGCAUCUUUCUCACAGCUUAAGAGGAUACCGGAGGACUAGAUGCUCAGAAUAAAGACCUCUUCACCAGGACCAUGAAUCGAAUCCUUUCGCCAAGUCCCUCUGGUCUCAUGUGUCAGAGGGAAGGGAGCGAAGUUCCCAGCUAACUCCUUUCCUCCCUCCCACCCUCUUUCCCCACAAGUGUUACAUAUUAAUGACCUCCUCCCCUCUGCCUCCCUCUUUCUCUGCUCUUGUCAGACCUGCAUAUUUGUUCAUUCAAGGCUUGGCUGGGUUUCCGUGGGACUUCAGCGAGGGCUCAGAAAGCUGCCCCUUCCUUGCUUUUCAUCCUAUAACCAGCCUGAACCCCUCAACAUGGUUACAGUUUUGAGUAGCCUGAAAUUCUGCUUUCUCCUCCAAACCAUCUGCUUCUCGUUGGCACAGAUUCAAGGUCCACCAGGAGAACCUGGACCAAGAGGCCCCCCAGGUCCGCCCGGCGUACCAGGAGCUGAUGGCAUUGAUGGUGAAAAAGGGCCCCCGGGUGCAGCAGGAACCCCGGGCAUCAAAGGAGAACCAGGCCUUCCAGGUUCGGACGGCCCUCCAGGGAAACCUGGCAUUGAUGGCCUGACAGGGGCAAAGGGAGAACCAGGCCCUGCUGGGAGACCUGGCCUCAAAGGCCAACCUGGACUUGUAGGUCCUCCAGGGCUCCCAGGUCCCGGGCUGGCUGGAUCUCCUGGACCUCCUGGCCUGGUUGGGAUUCCUGGAGAAAUUGGAGCACCAGGGCCGAAGGGGGAACGUGGACCGGAUGGGCCACGAGGGCCUCCAGGGCCUCCUGGGAAACCUGGCCCUGUUGGGCACAUCCAAGGAAUUGAAGGAAGUGCAGAUUUCUUGUGUCCAACCAACUGCCCCCCUGGACCCAAGGGCCCCCAAGGACUGCAGGGCUUGAAGGACGGGGGCAAAGGACGCACUUUCCCCCCUUGCUACGCCUCUGCAAAGCCCCACUGGAUAAACCUGGUAGACCUGCUUAGGAUUGGUUUCUUAGAGGUCACUGAAGGAAGGCUCAUUUCCCGAGGCCUGGGAGGAGCUUUCCUGGCAGGCAGUGGCAAGCAGGGCACGAAGGGAGAUGUUGGCUUAUCUGGAGAACAGGGAAUACCUGGCCCUCCCGGCCCUCAAGGUCUCCGAGGAUACCCUGGAAUGGUGGGGCCUAAGGGAGAGAUGGGCCCCCGAGGUUAUAAAGGAAUGAUCGGCACCAUUGGAGCAGCAGGACCUCCGGGUGAAGAAGGUCCAAGAGGGCCCCCAGGCCAGGCUGGUGAGAAGGGAGAUCUUGGUGCUCGUGGCAUUAGAGGACCCCAGGGAAUAAUGGGACCCAAGGGGGGAAAUGGUCUUCCUGGGAUUGAUGGCAAAGAUGGUACUCCAGGUAUCCCUGGGAUGAAGGGGAGUGCCGGGCAGCCAGGUUCCUCCUGGGCUACAGAGGAGAAAAUUGGUGAGCCUGGACCACGUGGGGAAGUAGGCCCUCAAGGGGUUCCUGGUGUGAAGGGAGAUCGGGGCGAGAGGGGCCCGGUGGGUAUUCCAGGGCCGCAGGGGAAAGUGGGUGCCAAAGGGGAGCAGGGCCCACCGGGAAUCCCGGGUCCACAAGGUCUUCCUGGAGUUAAAGGUGACAAGGGCUUUCCAGGGAAAAUUGGGUCCAAAGGGGACAUUGGGGAUUCUGGCGUCGAAGGCCUGUCUGGGGAGAAGGGGGAGAAGGGUGAAUCCGGAGAGCCAGGACCCAAGGGACAGCAAGGUAUUCGUGGAGAGACUGGUUUUCCUGGACCUACUGGGGAUGGAGGAGCACCUGGUGUCAGAGGGUUCCCUGGACCCCCCGGUCCUCGGGGGCUUGGUGGGGAGCGUGGUGUGCCUGGAAUGCCUGGGCCUCAGGGCGCCCCAGGCAGGGAUGCAGGAGAUCAGCACAUUGUUGACGUGGUCCUGAAAAUGUUGCAAGAGCAACUGGCUGAAUUAGCUGUGAGUUCCAAAAGAGCCUCUUUGGGUGGGGCAGGUGUGAUGGGACCUCCUGGCCCCCCUGGCCCCCCUGGGCCUCCUGGUCACCAAGGGCCUCAUGGACACCCUGGCCCUCGCGGCAUCCCAGGAAUCAUCGGGAUUAUGGGGCCAAUUGGUAACACUGGACCAAGAGGGAAGAGGGGUGAGAAGGGAGAACAAGGAGAACCUGGGCGUGGACAUCAAGGAAUGCCAGGGCCACCAGGUAUCCCAGGUCUCCCUGGUCACCCUGGACAAGCCAUCAAUGGCAAAAAUGGGGAACGAGGUUCUCCGGGCGUCUCAGGAGAAGCUGGACGGCCUGGCUUACCGGGGCCAGCUGGACUGCCUGGAUUCUGUGAGGCUGCCGCCUGCUUAGGUGCCUCUGCAUAUGCCUCGGCUCGCUUGACUGAACCAGGUGCCGUCAAGGGACCUUCUUAUUGAAAUGAGUUAAGGGAACAUUUCCUUGCGAACUGAAGUCAGAGAAACUUCCACCACUGACCUUAAAGGACCAACGUACUAGGACCAAGGAAAUGGAGAACCAGCUGAAAGAUGUCCUCUGUGGGGAUGAGGAUACUCUGCCUGAUUGGGCAUCAACAGUCCAUUCAUUCUGCAUUGGCGAAAAGAUGACAUUUGGCCACUGUGAGUAGCUUAGAUAGUGGGUAAUCGGAAGGUGAUGACAAAUUUUAAAAUAUGUGCAGAAUCCAUACCUUGAAGGGUUGAAAGCAAGCCUGGAAUCUCAUCACUUACAAACAGUUGUUCCUUUACCGGAAUGUACAGGGAGUCACUGACCGCUUUACAUCACCAGGAAAAGAACCCUGCAAUUUACCAAUUUUUGAGAGAAGAGAGAACAUUUUGACUUUUUUUUUUGGACCAAAUUCACACUAUAGGAUGGUAGAGUCCUCCCACAACAUAAUUGGCUAUGUUCUUAUCAGGUGGAGAGUGUUUGUAUGAAGUAGAGCUGUGUGGGGAGAAGUCCCAAAUUACCACAUGAAAGAAAAGCAAAGGUUUCGUUCAACAUGCUGACUUCAGAUUCUUUCCCCCUUGAGGUCUACUUCACAUAACUGCCUUGUCAUGUGAAAAUAACAUGGUAAACCUGUUAUGGGAAGACUUUACUACAUGGAAAAACCAUCUUAUGAAUUGCUCCUCAGGUAAUUCAUUAACUGUCUCAUUGAUUUGCGCUCUCCGAUGUCAGCUGGUUUUCUAGCAAACCUAUUGACAUUAUCUUGUUACUUUGUGUUUGUAUGGAAAGUGUAAUCCAUCCAAAUGUUUUCCUGAUUUUUUGUUUGUGCAUUAUUGUUUUGGGGUUUUUUUUCUAGCAGACAGUUGGUAGUUGAUCCUUUAACAGUGUUCCCCAGAGCCAGCCCGGCAUUUCCCCAAAGCUGUAAAUCUUUGUGGUAUUUUAUAAAUACUAAUUAAAAAUCAAUAUAUUUUUUCCACCAAAAUAGCUACUCAAACCAGACAAUAAAAUGAAGAAUGAAUGUCAAA